ACACAGCUUUUAGUCCAAACACUCCGGAGUCCGAAGUUUGCUGAAAAUCCGUCUCUCAGAGAUUAUCGACCUUGUGCCACGGAGGUACACCACACGCUAUACAGUUCGCCAGUCGUCAACGACACGGCAUUCAACGAUACCCGUCGGAGAAGGGCGAGAUUUCUUUUCGUUCGGUAUCUUUCCUCUCCUAACCGCGUCUUUCCGCCGCAUGUAACGCAGCCGGGGCACCGUCAAACGGAGCACACAUUUAUCUGGUUACCUUUGGCCGGCACACCAUGGGCAAUUCCCAUCUACAACAAUUUCCUAACGAAAGUUUAAAGUUAAGAAAUCCACCUAGUCCAAAACUUGUAGUUUCUGGAAAUAUGAGUCAACAAAAAACUACAACUGGUUCUCCAAAGAGCCCUAAGUCUCCUGAUGACAGUUCAAAAUCUGAUAAUGCUUCAUCAAGUAUAUCAAAAUCUGGACGUUCUCCAUCUUCAACUAAAUCAAGCCCAGGAAGUAUUAAAUCACCUAGUCUUGCUGAACGACUUGCCCAAUCAAAUAAGGUCAAACUUAAUCAAUCAUCAAAGAGCCCCGUAUCUAAAUCAUCACCUACAAGUCCCACUGCUCUGGCUUCUCCUAAAACUGAAGUAACCAAAGAAUCUUAUGACAAUAAAUCUGAUGGAUCAGAAAAAAGCAAAGUUUAUAAUGGUUCUGUUGAUAUUAAAAUGGAAAAUACUAAACUUUCCAAUGAAAAUCAUUCAGCUAUAGUAGAAAAUGGAACAAGUGAUUCAAAUGAAGAGAUUAAACAAGAUGUUAGUGUAGAGUCAAAUGAGAUAGAAAUAAAAGAUACUGAAUUGAAUGAAGUAAAAGAGAAUGAAACGGAGAAAUGUAAUUCAAAUGAAACAGAAAAAUGUAAUUCAAAUGGUCAUGCAUUAGAUUUAGGCUUAGAAAACAAACCAGUUCGCAUUGACGAUAGUAUCAUAUUGGAACAGACAUCCAAGAAAGAUAUUCGUCAAAAAGUUUGGGAAUUUAUGGAAGAAAACUUGUUAGUUAUAUUUCCAAAACCAUGCUUUAAUCGUAUACCAAAUUUCAAAGGAUGUAAUAAUGUAUCACUAUUGUUAGAGAAGUUGGAUGAAUUUAAAAAAGCAAAGACUGUUCAAGUUACUCCUGAUAAAGCUCAAGAAACAGCUCGUUUUCUGACAUUAAAUUGGGGUAAAAGAUUAUUAGUUCCAUUGCUUCGAUUAAAGGAAGGACUCUUGCAAAAUGUGUCUUUGCCGUUUGCUGAACCAUCUGCAAAAAUGCUAAGAUCAGCUAGUACUCAAAAAGGACUUCGUAAAUGGGGAAACAAAUUAAUAACUUUGGAUCAAAAUAAUGACAUUCAUAUAGAUAUGAUUAUUCUGGGAUCUGUUGCUGUUGAUAAAAAAGGUCGCAGAAUUGGUAUUGGAAAUGGAUUUUGUGAUUUAGAAUUUGUCAUCUUGAGUUCUAUGAAUAUGGUGACUGAUAAUACUGUGGUAGUUACUAUUGUACAUGAUGUACAGGUAUUUGACACUCUUCCAAAUGACAUUUUCAAACCUUAUGAUGUACCUGUAGACAUAAUUAUUACAUCAAAUGAAAUUAUUAGAGUGGAGAAUCGUCUAGAUCGUCCUAAAGAUGUGUUUUGGAAUUACAUUUCUAAACGAAGGCUAUUAGAAAUGCCACCAUUGCAAUUAUUACGUACUAAACAAGAAAAAGAUGCUGACAUUGAUUGUACUCUCAAAGAAGUGGAUAGUGAACCUGAAGAAAUUCCUCCUUCACCAAGAACCUAUAAAAAAUCCAAAGGAUAUCGCCAAAAGCGUUACUCCACUAGAUCUGAAACUAAUGACUCAGUGUUUAAUGAAGUGUCAAAACAUCGGUCUUCUUCUAAGUCUUCAACAGCACCCGUUUCUAAAAAUACAAAUACAAAAAUCAAACAUAAACGUGCUAAAUCUACUUCCAGCCAAAAACAACGCAGUAGUUCAAUUGACAAACGCAGUAAUCAAAAUGAUAAAAAAGAACCUCGUUUAUCUUCAAAAAAACCUAAUAAACGUCGUACUAAAUCAGAGUCAGCUAAAACUGUAACAUCACCAGUAACAUUAACCGAGUCUAAAAGUUUUAAUAAUAUACAAGCUGAUUCGCCAUCUAAUGAUACUCCUAAAAAUAAACGACGACUUCGUCCAAAGCAGUCACGCAAACGUAUUCAUUCAGACGACAUUGAUAAACAAUCCAUUAAUCAAUCUAAUAGCAAUAGUAAAUAUAACUCUCGUAGUAAUUCUCGUGCUACUAGACGUGAUUAUAUUGAUCGUCAAGAUGUUGGUCGCGAGAUGUCUGUUGGACGUAGGUCUCAAAGAGAUUAUUUACAUAGUCCAAAAAAAUACUAUCCACAAAAUUAUCGUCAAAACAGCUAUUCUCAAGAACGAUCAUUUUAUCAUGGUAGCAUAAGAUCAAAUAGCAGAACGCAAUAUCGUGACUCCAGUAGGUCAGCUGUAAUGCAACAAAACAGGUAUUCAAAUGGUCCAACUAUCCGUCCGACUAGAUAUUUCAAUGGUUCUAUGGUACGCCAUAACAGCUUUAACGGACCUGAUUCACGCCAUAAUAAUGGAAUCAAUCAUCAUGGUAUUCGUCAUAACAGUUACUCUAAUGACCCAUUGUCUCGUCAAAAUAGUUUCUAUGAUGGAGUAAUUUCUCGCCGUAAUAGCUUUUCUAAGGGUUCUGCAAUUCGUCAAGAUAAUAAUUACACCAGCUCUAGAAUUUUCCGUCCACCACAAUAUCGUAAUAGGAUGGCAUCACAAACUGAUGAGGAAUCAAGACCUCAUUUCAACAAUAACAACAACAAUAAUAACCGCAUUGGAUACUUCAACUCAAACGAGAAACCAAAUUACUCAAGAUCUUCUAGUGGUGAUGAGUUUGUUCUUAAAGUUGGAAAUAUAGCAAACAAUGUUAGAGUGCGUGAUUUAAAAGCUGCUUUAAUGGAACGUGGAGUUAAACCACUGCAUAUAACUUGGAGAGGUCCUAGAGGUUUUGCAUAUUUACGUUACAGUAAUUCGUCUGAUUUGGAUAAAGAUAACGUCAUGGGAUCAUUACAAAAUGUGCGUAUUAAGCCAAAUGGCGUUGAAACUGCUCAAACUCAGACACUUAUUGUUACUGAAUGCCAAUUUUCUUAGGUACAAUUUUGACUUUCCAUUAAUUAAUUUACUUUUUUUAAAAAAAAAAAAAAAAACAACAAAACUAUUUCAUUCUUAUUUUAAAUCUUUAAACAACUGAAAAUCUAUUUUGUAAAUGGUAUAACGAUAACUUUUAACUUCCAUUUUCUCUUUAUUUUAUUCUUUUUAUUUUGUGCUUUAAUAUUUAUAUAUUUACUAGUUAAAAUUGUAUAGAAA